AUGCACCUAAAAUCAAUUUUGGCUUCGGCCUUGGUGGUUGCGACGUCCUAUGCUCACCCAGGGCAUAGCAACCAGAAGGAGCUCCACGCACGGCGCGAGUUCUUGUCUAGACAUGUCAACAAUAUCGACCACUGCGCUUCUAUGCAUGAGGCUUCUGGGUUACGUACGAGGGCGAUAGAACGUCGCGCGGCAUUGGCUAACACGCUCAGCCGUCGACAAGAUUCGCCCCUCAGCAAGAGUCACAAGAGCGACAAGGGGUACAAUGUAGAUACGGAUCCGAAAGAAAUUUUCGCCAGCAAGAAGUCCUGUGUACUUACACCCGAAGCUACCGAAGGCCCUUUCUAUGUCACAGGAGAGUACAUUCGCAGCAAGCUCGUCGAUGACCAAAAGGGGAUACCGCUGCACUUGGAUAUUCAACUUGUCGAUGUGAACAACUGUCAUCCCAUGAAGGAUGUUUUCCUGGAGCUUUGGAGCGCAAACUCCACUGGCGUUUACAGCGGCGCUAUGUCGCCCAUCAACGGUCUUAACGGCGCAACCGACACUUCCAACCUGAACAAAUCCUUCCUGCGCGGACUUCAAGUAACCAGCGCCGACGGCGUCGCCCAAUUCGAGACCACCUUCCCCGGACACUAUGACGGACGCGCUACACACUUGCACAUCAUGUCGCACCUCAAUGCCACGGCCCAAGCCAAUGGAACCGUCUGGGUUUUGACAGCUACACACGCGGGGCAGCUAUUCUUUGACCAGGACCUCAUCACCGCGGUCGAAAAGACGGCACCGUAUACGGUCAAUCGCCAGCGACUGACCUUGAAUCGUGCGGAUGGCACUCUGCUGCAGGAGAUGGCGACAUCGGACCCCUUCCUGGAGUAUGUCAUGCUGGGUAACAAUAUCGGAGACGGUGUACUAGCUUGGUACCAGCUCGGCGUAAACCCAGCCUUCUCGCGCAAGAUCAUGGCGGUUGCACUGAACUACAAGGAGGGAGGCAAGGUCGCCACAGACAAUCCUAAGGUUCCUGGGCUGAGCGCAAUCUUCCCUGGUGGAUUUCCCACUGCGUAUCAGCCUGGUUAUGGGUCGCCAAAGGCGACGGGAACCCCGAGGACGGAUGAAGACCACGAGUAA